AUGAAUCAGACAGCUCCUGCCCAAAUGCCACCACCAGGUGCUCCAGUUUAUCCACAAGUUGAUUGGAGGCUUUUCAUGCCAGUUGAUGGCGAAACUCCAGAACAGAAAAAGGCAAGACUUCAACAUGCUGAGGAAGAGAAGAAUAAGGUUCUCAAGCAGCGUGAGCAGUACAUUAACAGCCUUCCGGAAGAAGAACGUCUUAAGUACAACGAGAAGAAGCUAAAGAAGCAAGAAGAAAAACUUCGCAAGAAAGAAGAGAAGCUUCGUAAGAAACAAGAAAAGAAAGACAAGAAGGAUAAGAAAGAUAAGAAAGACAAAAAGGAUAAGAAGGACAAGAAAGAUAAGAAGGAUAAGAAAGAUAAAGAUCCAGCUGGACAGGAAGUUGAAAUUUCCGUCGAUGAAUUUGUUCAGUUCAAGGCUUGGGAAAAUACAUUCAAGAAGAAACGCGUAAAUGCUAUGAAGUAUCAAGCAUUUUGCGAAUGGCGUCAAGCAAAUGGCGGAGUUCCACCACCACAAGCACCACAUCCACAGUAA